CAGGGCAAUGGCCCCUUCAGUAGGCGAGUACUACGCUGGCAAGAAUGUGCUGAUCACCGGGGCUACUGGAUUCGUUGGAAAGAUCCUGGUGGAAAAGCUACUGCGCUCCUGCCCCGAGCUGAACACCAUCUACCUUCUGCUGCGCCAGAAGAGGGGAGUGUCCAGCGAAGAACGGCUGCGGGAGCUCAUCAGUAAUAAGCUAUUCAAUCCCCUGCGAGCCAAGCAGCCUGAUGUAUUCAACAAACUGCGUCUUGUGGCCGGAGAUAUUCUGGAAGAUGAAUUAGGACUCAGCAAUGAUGAUAGGCAGGAGUUGCAAAGACGCUGUAAUGUGGUGUUCCACAGUGCUGCUUGUGUGCGUUUUGACCAGAAACUCAAAGAUGCUGUAAACUUGAACACAACCGGGACAUAUCGUGUAUUGAAACUUGCCGAAAAAAUGGAGAAUUUAGAGGUGUUAGUUCACAUUUCGACCGCCUACUGCCGUUGCGAGCUGGACGUACUGGAAGAAAAACUCUAUCCUGCCGUUCAUAAGCCCGCCUGGAUCAUGGACAUAGUAAACUGGAUGGAUGACAGCAUGCUGGACUAUUUGGAACCUAAACUGAUCGCUCCCGAGCCCAACACGUACGCAUACACCAAAGCCAUAACUGAAGACAUGGUGGCAGAAUACGGCAAGAAGUUCCCCGUCGCCAUUGCGAGACCUUCUAUUGUGGUAGCAUCCUUGAAGGAGCCGAUCCCCGGCUGGGUGGACAAUUUAAAUGGACCCACGGGAUUGAUCAUUGGCAGUGGGAAAGGGGUUAUUCGCACCAUGCACUGCGAGCCCUCGUACCUCGCUGACGCCAUGCCGGUCGAUGUGGUCGUCAACGCAUGCAUACUUCUUGCUUUCGCUACUGCCAUUGAGAGACCACAAGAGGCCAAGUUUUUCAACGUCACGAUGUCCGGUGCGCUCCGCUGUACGUGGGGGGAGAUGAUAAGGCUGGGCGAGUAUUGGGUGAACAUGUUCCCCCCAACCAUGGCGCUCUGGUACCCGGGGGGCUCCAUUAAAUCCUACUGGCUCUGGCACCAGUUCUGUCUGGUCACCACACAGCUGAUACCGGCUUAUCUCAUCGAUAUGCUGCUGUUUUUAAUGGGGAAGAAGACUUUCAUGGUGAAAGUCCAGGAGCGAAUCAGCCACGGUCUGGACGUGCUUCAAUACUACACCACCAAAGAAUGGUAUUUCAAGAAUACUAACUUCAUUGCUCUCCGUUCUAAGGUGUCAGAGGCCGACAACGAAACGUUCUUCACCGACGUGAGCAAAGUUAAUGUGAACGACUACCUAAAGAACUACUUGAUCGGAGCCAGGGAGUACUGCUGCAAAGAGGACCCAAGCAACCUGGAGCGGGCCAGAAAACUACAUAAUAUACGGUACUACGUAGACCGCGUGACUCGAUGCAUAUUGAUCUUCCUUCUCUGCUGGUUCCUGUACAGCUACGCGCAUGUGUUCACCGCGGCCAUCGAAUACCUUGACGUAUCAUUGAAAAAUAUAUCUCCUUAUUAAUGUCUAGUUUGUAGCUACCGUAACGAUAGGAAAAUACCUUAGUGUUACGCUCACACUACCAGACCUGUCAAUUUAAUACCCCAUCCACACGGGACAAUUUUACUUGAUUUUACUCACAACUGAUACAAUCCGAAUUGUGACCAAUCAAUUUUAAGCUCUUAUUUAAACUUUCACAAUUUAUACACAUUAUUAUAUUGUAAAACGGGACUUAGUAAAUGUAAGCGGAAACGAAUAUCGACAGUCGAUAAAUCGAAUAUCGUGUGUGUCGACAGAGUAUCAUCCCUAGUGCGCAAAACGUUCAAGCUGAUAAACAGGACCAAGUGCGGGUAGUUCGAAAACCUCGCGCGGCUAGAAGAUGGUGAUGUCAACUUUAGCCAGUCUUCUCCGAGACCACGGGGACAACGCCGUCCUCGAAACGUCGGAGGUAAAUCUUAAAACUUAAAUACGCGAUUAAGUCCCGUUUUACAAUUUAACAACUUUAAGGUGCUAAAGACAGAACGCUGAUCACGGGUAAUUUAGUACAUUGACCCGCCUGUUCCUACUCUAUCGCACGCGCAUAAAUAUGUCUGUACCGCUCACACAGUAUCAUUGACCGCUGGCAUCAUGGGCGAGACAAUUAUAUAAUUACGCGCGUGCGAUGAAGAUAGCAAUAGGUGGGUCAAUGUACAAAAAUCUAUGUAGCUUCUCUGUUUUAGGCAGGCCUAAGGAACUGUUUGGGGCAAAUUUUAGAAUUUCGAGUAAUCGAUUAUAGAGUUAGACCAAGAAAAGCCUGCAGCGAUUUUGAUAGCAUAUGCAGUGCAAGUGUUAUUUUAAACGUCAAACUUCUAUGAAAUUAUGACGUAUAAAUAACACGUGCACUGCGUGUGCUAUCAAAAUCGCUGCAGACUUUUCUCGGUCUAACUCUAUCACGAUAAAUCUAAGAUUUAUUUACAUUUCACACAUGUGGAUGCUAGAUGAGAUUGGUGCCAAUUUUAUUAUCGGAUCAAAUUGGCAAUUUAAUUGUUCCGUGUGGAUGGCGCUUUAAAAAUGUAGUAACAGUGACAGGUAAAUGAUAAAGACCAUUUCUACACAUAAUUCUGCAAAAGUUAUUCUAAUUAGGUAUAAAUCGUCCCACGUACUUUGUGGGUAUGAAUUCUUAAUUAUUUACUUGUGAUAAACUUACCUGGUGUACCUGUUUGUGUCUUUUGAUUAUAAUUUAAUUGGAUUUAAUAAUAUAUUCAUAAAUUAGCUCAUUCACAUAUCCUUAUAAAUUACGUAUGCUAGCGUCUAAGAUGAAAAGGAAAUAUGGUUGUUUUGUGAUGUAAAUAAAUAUUGUAAUGGA